UCCAAAUUAAAAAAAAAAAAAUCAAUUAUCGUUCCUGCUUCUCUCUCUUCUUAAUAUUUGUGCUUCUGGCUCUCUCUGUUUCCGAGAAGGAAGAAACAGAGGUUCCUGCAAAAAGAGAAAGGGCAGAAGCAGAGGAAGGAAAAAUUUUUCAAUUUGUGCGGUUAUUCUUACCGUAGGGUUCCGAUUUUGCUUAUCCUUCGCAGAUCCCUCGUCCCUUCAUCUUCCAUCUCAUCUCCUUUGCUCAUGGACAAUCUACAGCAUACUGUAGAAUAGCCGGGCAGCUCGUGCUUGGUUAUCAGAAACCUCGAAUAAUUUGUCUCAAUUGACUAGAUAAGCUGCUUUUGCUUUCGCGAGGUUUGAUGAAACAUCUUGUUCUGCUUCUUACAUGUUGAUAGCUGAGAAGAAGUUAAUGAUAGUUUUGACAUUUGAUUAGCUCAGUAGUCUAUUAUGUUCCUGCAAUAGGCUGUUGAGACUUAUUCAAAUGCAGUCACCUCCAGAAAAAGCUUUUGUUAUGUUGAAAAGGGAAGGAACUGACUUUGCUGGGUCAAGUUAUGCAAGUCACCUAGAUGGUACUUUCCAGGAAGCAAUAGCUGCUGUUGCUGCUUCAUCAUCUUCUUCUGCUUCAUCAUCAUCGUCAUCAUCUUCAGAUGAUGACUCUCAGGAGACACAAAAUGACGAUGACCUAGACAAUGGGAAUGCUUCUAAACAAUUGGUGCUUUAUGAUCCUGCUGCUAAUGGUACUGUUGCAAUUGAUUCCACCCCUCCUGGACCUAUUCAGUGCAGACCUCCGCCGUGUCCAAGAUUUUCAUCAUCAAGAGUAUUGCCAUCUGUUGGGGCUUUCACUGUCCAGUGUGCCAAUUGUUUUAAAUGGAGGCUUAUACCAACAAAGGAAAAGUAUGAAGAAAUACGUGAACAUAUUUUAGAAAAUCCCUUUGUUUGUGAAACAGCUCGUGAAUGGCGGCCUGAUAUCUCAUGUGAUGAUCCAACGGAUAUCUCUCAAGAUGGCAGCCGACUUUGGGCAAUUGAUAAACCCAAUAUUGCUCAGCCUCCUCCAGGCUGGCAAAGGCUACUGCGGAUCAGAGGUGAAGGAAGUACUAAAUUUGCAGACAUGUACGUAUACCUUUCUAUGAGGCAAUUUUCAACCAUCUAAUUUUGUUUUCUUGUC